AUGAAAGCACAACAUCCACAUUCAUCAGCGAACAGCAACGAUAAAAGAACGCAAUCACAAGAACAACCACGACUAAAACGCACACGGGCUAAACGGAGCUGUGAUUUCUGUCGAAAGAGGAAAUCACGCUGUGAUGCAGACACAUCAACUCCAUGUUCCAAUUGCAGAGCUUGGGGCUAUACCUGUGAAUUCCAAACAGUGCGCAAAAAGCGGGGUCCACCCAGCGUCUAUGUGGACAAUCUCGAAAAGCGAUGCAAAAAGAUGGAACAAUUGUUGACAUCAUUGACAAAGACAUCCAUCAAAGAACUUGAACGCAACAAUUUUCGAUAUCCACUUACCGGAGGGGUCGCCGACCCUACUAGUGACGAUGAUAACGCAUCCAUUAUUGGAGAUGAUGCACGCAGUACCAGUGCCAGUAUUAGUAGCGAUGAUAAUGAAGCAGCACUUGAAGAGCAAUUAACACGGCUUGGUAUCAAAGACAAUGAUGGUAUCACCUAUGUUGGCCACUCGGCAAGUAUUGAAUUGCUCAACAGCGAUCUUUUUCGCCUGAGACCUUACAUUACAUGGCCUGGUCAUGAUCAUAUUGGAUUACAACUCACAUCCCAAGGCGAGCUGAUGGUUGUGCGAAAGACACGAGUUGAUAUUGGUGUAUCGAUGCGUAUUGAUUUGGACGAUGAAUCAGCCACGCCUGCAAAGUCCACAAGUCUAUUACCAUCCACAACAUUGGAUCAGCUACCCCAAGAACAAAUCGACUCCUUGAUUGCCACCUAUUUUACCCAUCUACAUCCAUCUUUCCCUAUCAUCAACAAGAAUCGUUUCCUGGAAACCAAACAACCACCAACGUUGCUAGUACAUGCCAUUCUUGCAUUGACGCUUCGUUUCAUAUCACAACAAUUCGUACGAGACAAUGCCGAACUUGAUCAACAAUAUGCUGCAUUCUACUUCGCCAAAGUAAUGAAACGCUUACGAGAAGCUUCACGAUCCAAAAUGUCCCUUGUGCAGGCUGCAGUAUUGAUGACAUUAUACCUUGACGACGAUGGUGGCGACGACGCAACGCAGUGGUUUACUCUUGGCACGGCGAUUCGUAUGGCACAAGAUUUGGGCCUGCAUCGAUCUUGUUCUCAUUGGAAGAUGCUUCCUCCUUGCGAAAUCGAGACACGCCAUCGAGUGUUUUAUGCUUGUUACAUCCUUGAUCGGUGGCUAAGUGCACGAGGAGGACGACCAUUGACGAUCCUUGACCGCGAUUUUGACACCUCAUUGCCAUCUGUAUACGAAGAGGGGGAGCCUGUCUACCGUGGCUUUGUUGUCAUGGCACGAUUAUCUGAAAUUCUGGGGCGGCUGCUCAAGGCGUUGUAUGCACCCAAAGCCAAGCAUGCCAACAACAAUGCCAGCUUGGAUGAUCCCACACUGCUUGAAGCGUUUGAUCGCCGUUUAAAAGCUUGUAAGAUGGGUAUUAUGGAAGAGGAUAUGCCACUAGCCCAAAAAGUUUAUCUCGAGAUCUAUUACAACACAGUCGUCUUAUUACUUCAUCGUCCAUUCCUCAAUCAAAAUGCAAUGUCACACCAUGCUUGUACAGCAGCUGCAUCCAAUAUCGGCAACCUCGUUCGUCAACAAUUGCCACAUCCACAAGAAGCGGAUCCAUCCACAUGCUUCUCAUUGACAUUGCCGACAUGUUUGAUCUAUUCGCUUUAUCAAUGUACUUUGGUUCAUCUUGCAAAUGCUGUACGUGAUCCCAACACCACUGAAGCACUCGAUCGAUCCAUGGCUCUUGUUCAACAAUUCCAGCAUAUGGCUACGGCUCGUCGUGCACAUGAAGUGCUUUCCAUGUUCCGUACCAUUCAACUCUCCUCGUUACUCACUCCUGCAAUGCCCCCACCACCACCAUCACAAACAACGCUUGGUCAUCCGUUUCCACAGCAACCACAGCAACAACCUGUUGUCUAUUCCAAUGACUUGUAUGCUCAUACUAGCACAGCACCACCACCAACAGCACAACAUUCACACAUGUUUGAUUGGCCUAGUGCAGCUGCGGCUGCUGCUGCUGCAGUAGCAGGGGCUCCAUUAAUGACAUCAGGACAACCACCACCACCACCGCCGCCUGGUGCCACUUUCUUUAAUCCACAACAAGAAUUCUUCAAUACCAUCACAGCAUCUCCUAGCUCAAUGCACUCGUCUUUAGCAUCAUCCAAUACACCCGCACCAUCAGCUACCAAUAGCUCCACCGCUUUAUCCCAUCAACACGCCAACUCACUCUCUUCAACUUCCUCAUCAUCAUCAUACGUUUCAACCCCACACCCAAACUCCAUCCUAUGGACUGAUUGGGAUGUUUAUGCCACCACUUGUCAUCCAUCCUCAUCCAACAACAACGCUGCUGCUGCUUCUUCUACACCUAAUGCAACACCAUCCACGCAUCAUCAUCAUCCUCAUCAUCCAUCACCAUUUGAUUUUCAUAUUCCACCUUCGCAGUAA